GUGCCGCCUCCGCCCCGGGGCUCAGGCUUCCAGCCCGGCCCGCCCGGUUUGCGGGCCAUGGAGCUCCGAGCGGUGGAUCGAGAACAGCCGGAGCGCCCCAGCCUACCCGUCUGGUGCCUGGCUGCCACCCCUUCCCAGCCUGAGCCCUGGAGACAGCAGCCCCCAGGCUGCUGAGCAGCGGCAACAGCAUGAAGGCUCCGGGUCGGCUCCUGCUUGUCAUCCUGUGCUCCUCGGGCUUCUCAGCUGCCUACAUCCUGCUGUGCUGCUGGGCCUGCCUGUCCUUCUGCCUGGCCCCCUGCCUGGACCCCCACCCGUCCACCAACUCCAGGCCCACUGUGCCAGGGCCCCUGCACUUCAGCGGAUAUAGCAGCGUGCCAGAUGGGAAGCCGCUGGUCCGAGAACCAUGCCGUAGCUGUGCCGUGGUGUCCAGCUCCGGCCAGAUGCUGGGCUCGGGCCUGGGCGCGGAGAUCGACAGUGCCGAGUGCGUGCUGCGCAUGAACCAGGCACCCACCGUGGGCUUUGAGGCCGACGUGGGCCGGCGCAGCACCCUGCGCGUGGUCUCGCACACGAGUGUGCCUCUGCUGCUGCGCAACUACUCCCACUACUUCCAGCACGCCCGUGACACGCUCUACGUGGUGUGGGGCCAGGGCAGGCACAUGGACCGGGCGCUGGGCGGCCGUACCUACCGCACACUGCUACAGCUCACGAAGAUGUACCCGGGCCUGCAGGUCUACACCUUCACGGAGCGCAUGAUGGCCUACUGCGACCAGGUCUUCCAGGACGAGACGGGCAAGAACCGGAGACAGUCCGGCUCCUUCCUCAGCACCGGCUGGUUCACCAUGAUCCUCGCCCUGGAGCUGUGCGAGGAGAUCGUGGUCUACGGAAUGGUCAGCGACAGCUACUGCAGGGAGGAGAGCCACCCCUCGGUGCCUUACCACUACUUUGAGAAGGGCCGGCUGGACGAAUGUCAGAUGUACCUGGCCCACGAGCGGGCGCCCCGCAGCGCCCACCGCUUCAUCACUGAGAAGGCCGUGUUCUCCCGCUGGGCCAAGAAGAGGCCCAUUGUGUUUGCCCACCCAUCGUGGAGGACCCAGUAGCCCCAUCGCCUAGCCAGCCACAAGGCCCUCACCGGGCCUCCGUUCCACACUCCACCGGAAACAUUUAAUUUAUGGAUCCUGUCUCCUGCCACAUGCCUAGUGGACCUAAGGUCUCUUCUGGCCCUACCCUGGGGACACUUGGAGCCAUCUCAGGCCUCCCGACUUGAGGGGGAGAAGAGGAGGACUGUGGUGACCUUUGCAGCCCUUCCCUGCACCCCACUUUCUGAGUAAUCCAAAUCUUCAUUUUGGGGUUCACCCCCCCCCUCUGGGUCUGUCCAGUGGCCUUUGCCCCCGGGGCUGAUGGCCCCUCAACUCACCAGCAUUGUGAUCUUCGAUCUUUCAACAGCCCUGGUCCUUCUUCACUGUCCCCCCUCCACCUGCCUUCGGUGCCACAUUUCCCAGGCUGGAGCUUGGGGUUCGUUGGGCGAAGGGGCCUUUGAACUGUGACUGCCAGGGCCGCCUCUGGAGUGUACGGGUAAACAUGUGUUUUCUGGAAGCCUG